CACCUGUCAAACCGAACAAAAACAUUACUCGUCGCGUAGUUGAAUCAUAACUUUAUUUUUUUCGUAGAAAAUAAUUCCCGUAAAAAAACGCCAUAAAUCUCGGAAAUGCAAAUACUCGCUGCUCACCAACGCCGGAAGUACUGAUCCCCGUGUGCCGGAUGUGUUUUUUUGUGAGGGGAGGAAUAAUAGUGCUCAAUUUGCGUGAGUGAAAUCAAACGAAAGGAAAAGAUGUCCGUGCCAAGCAGAAGGUGGAACUGAAUAAUAAAUAAAAUUAUGUUGUUGCCCACUCGCGAAAAGUGAAAAUAUUUUUAUUUGGUGAAAAAUCGCCAAAACUGAUUCAAAUCCGCCGUCCGAAGAAUAGUGCUCAACCGCGGGACCAGUGCGGAGUUGUUCGUAGAUUAGAACGUAAAAGCGUACAUAAAUAAAAACCAGCACCCAGAAUGAUGAACUCCACUGGAAGUGGCCGUGGGCUAGGCGGUGCCGGAAGUGGCGCAGGCAAGGAACCAUCGAAGCGCUUCUCGAUCCACGACGCGUUCGAGGAGGAGACGGACGAGGUCAUUAAGGUGUACGGUUCCACGGUGAUAUCGACGCCGAUGCGGGCCAAGGCGAGGUCACCGGAUGAUGUUUCCAUUCGGGUGCAUCAUGACCAGCGGACCAGUCUAAAGUACACCGAUGAUACCACCUCCAGGGACAGCGACUCGUUGAUCCAGGAGUACGGCAACCUGUCCGGCACCGGCGAACACUACAGCUACUGCUGGCGCCACCCGAAGGUGCGGGAAAACUGGCGAACCGUGCUGGCCGCGGUCACGCUGCUCGUCAUCGGAACCGGACUGAUCGCGAUGGGCGCGUACGCCAUUGCCGAGCCCCACAACGGAUCGCAGGCGGCCGUGUUCUUCGUGGCAGGAUUCAUCUGCUUCGUGCCGGGGGCGUACCACGUGGUGUAUAUCUGGCUGGCGGCCCGCGGAUACCGGGGCUUUGACUUUUACCAUCUGCCACUGUUUACGUAAAUGGUCGCCGGCGCAAGUAAGUAGUGAAACGAUUUUAGGCAACACACUCAACUCAAUGCUGGCGCAAUCAUGCUCAUCACCAACCGCGCUCGCUGUUGCAAAUCGACAAGUGGAGUGUGCAGAAAUCGGACUUGAAACCCGCUCGAAAUGUGAUUAAUUGUAAGGUUUUUUUUUAUUUAGUACUAUUUAUAUUAUACCUACUUUUUUGGUUUUCAAAAUUUACUUACGUUAAUGAUGGCGUAAAGGAGCACUUAUAAAUUAUUAUACACGACCUUAUAAUACCUUAGACAAGCUAAGCGAUACGUUCAUUGACGGACUCUCUUAUGUAUAGAAAUAUAUAUAAUUAUUACAAGAGUUUAGCGAAAUCCAAGACUAACAAAACACACUGCUUGUCACUCUAGAUCACGAAAUGUCAAUGUUGCUGUGGAAGAAUAUACUCGUACAAUGGUGUGUCAAGAGGUUCUUUCAAAAUUUGUUUAAUAAAUCAAACUGUUGCAAUUUCAUAAACUAUUUUUAUCACCCUUUUAAAUUGUUGCCUGAGAAAAAAGGCAAAAAAAACAGUUAAUUAAUUACCUAACUAAAAAAUCUCUCCUCCCUGAACAUGAUCUCGCUGUAAAAUGUUUCAAAAAUUCUAAGGGUGCCAUUUUUCUUCAAUAUCAUUUUUUCAAAAUGGGGAUAAUGGGGCCAACUCUUGUUGUUAAAAUUAAUUCAAAAUGAUGUUUGACACCCAUAGUUAAAAUUAUAAAAAAAUAAAUAUUUUCUAAUAUACGAGAUUUUGUGAAAAUUAAGAAAAACGCUAAAAACUUGUUGUUUUAAACUUAUAUUACAAAUUUGUCGGACAGUUCUCGAGUUUUUUUUGAAAAGGUCCUAUAAACAAAAUUUUCAAAUUUUGCUUUUUGGGUGUUUUAAGAACCGCCUUGAGUCAGGGGUAUCCAAAAACACCUAAAAAUCAAAAAGUUUAAAUUUUGUUUAUAGGACCUUUUAAAAAAAACUCGAGAGUUGAGUAUUUUCAAUACUUUACAAAAACCUGCACAAUUGGCACGAAAAAUCGGAGAUUUUUUUUCUUGAUUUUUUUUAACGUAAAUAGAAGUGCAAUCAACUGAAAUAGUAGUUUAUGCAACAAGUUGCAAAAAGAAGAUUUUUUCAGCACAAGUCGUACAUUUAUCCAACGAGGUUGACCGAGUUGGAUAAAUACGACGAGUGCUGAAAAAAUCAAGUUUUGCAACGAGUUCCAUACAACAUUUUUGCAAUUCCGAAAACAAAAAAACUUUUCAGCAUUUAUUUUGAAAAGUGUUCGAUUCUGUUAUCUUUGGUACAGAAAAGUAGGCCAUUUUGUCGUUCAAGAAUGACAGGAAAAGUAAAUAGUUUCACGACGGAAUUGCAAAAAUAUUAUUUCAGCACCAACUGGCGCAUUUUUUUUAUUUUUGUAGAAUUUUAGAAAAUGUUAGUACUUUGUACUUAAAACUCAACAAUUGAUUCUUAUUUUUAGAUCGUUUGACACCUAUAAUGCGAAUUAGAAAAAAAUGUGUUUAAAAAAAAGCGAUGUGAUUUUGAUUUAUUUUUGCAAUUCCGCUGUGAAACUGUCAACUUUUCCUGUCCUUCUGGAGAAACGAAACGGCCUACUUUUCCCUACCAAUAAUAGCAGAAUGAAAAAAUAAUACCUUUCAAUACCAGUGCUGAAAAGUUCUACUUUUCAGUACUGAAAUGGGUGCUGAAAAGUUGAACUUUUCAACACUAGUAUCGAAAAGAAACAUUUUUCAAUAUUUUUUGUUUUGAACGGUGAAUUUACUUAACACAUGGAUGUUUGACAUAAAAUUACAUUCAAAAAGCGCUUUUCGAAAUUGCAAAAAAAAAAUCGUAUUUAUCCAACAAGGUUUUCUGUGCUGAAAAAAUCUUCGUUUUGGAUUUUUUUGUUUUUGCAACUACUAAUUAUACUUUUAUUUUGAACUUUUGUAAAUGAUUUAUGAACCUUAAAAGGUUUGUUUCAAUCAAUUCAUUUAAAUUUUGUCCUUUAGCAACAUUUAUCUUUAUCACCACCUCAUAUAUUGAAAAAAUAGUAUUUUCAGUCAAAUUGUUUUUUUUGUCUUAUUUCUUUAAUUAAAAAUAAAUAAAUCGAGGAAUUAACAUUUUUAACCACGUUUUUAACAGGUUCCCAUUGAAAUUAGCAUAACAAUGUUUUUUUAGUUUAUGUUUUUGCCUCCUGAUUUUGUAUCAAAAUGGUGGCCACUAAAGUCGGAAAUUUUCCAAAAUAUGUAAAAAAUCGAAAAUUUGUGAUUUUUGGUCACAAAGAAGGAAAGUGUUGGAAUCCCAACCAUACUUUUUGAGCAUUAUUUUCUAGUUUUUGAAGAAUUUUUCAAUAUUUAUUGAACAUUUUAAAUAAAUUUUACUUAAUUUGGCUUUAUUGCUUAUUUUGAAAAUUUAUGUUCAUUUAAUUAUUUUAAAAUACUGGAGAAUGAAAUAGUAAAUUCGAUAUCAAAUUUAGAAUAUUUUUGAAAAUUUUCUGAAGGGGCUAUUACACAACGGAAACAAACAAACAAACUUGCAUUUUUUGACUGUUUGCCAGUUUGCCCGUUAUGUUUGUUUGCCUGGAUUUUUUUAUACAUACGUCAGCCUGCAUAUAUUUUGCCUUGUUUGCGAGAUUGUCGCAAACAAGUUUGCGAGUUUGGCAAACUGUCAAACACGAAAAAGGGCGAGUUUGUUUUUUUUGUUUGCGGUAGUGUAAUAGCUCCUUAACUUUGACCCGCAGAAUAGGAAAUUUCCGUCAUCAGAAGUGACAUUGGGUCUGGGGGGUGAAAUUGGGUCAUACAAAUUUCAGCAUUUUUUUUAAUGACCCAAUAUCACCCCCCAUACCCAAUACACCUCUGAUGACGAUACUUUUUUAAUCUGCUUUCUCCGAUAUCAAUGAAACUAUGUAGACGUGUUAUCUUAGGCUCAUUCAAGCCAUUAAUGUGUAUAUGGAGCCAGUUGCACUCGAGAAUGGCAUUGGAUAAAGGUGUAAGCUUUCUGAAUGAGAUUUUUUUAUUUUUAAGCAUGAAGAUCAAAUUUUGAGCUCAGCUCACGGUUUUCUGCUUGAUUUUUUUUAGAUGGCCUUACAUGUUUGAAAAAAAAUCCUCACGAAAAAUGCAGGAUUAAGUAACUCUUCUAAAAAUUACAACAAAUCAUGUUUUAAACCCAUUUUUUGACAAGUGGUCUAAACGUCAAAUUUUCAAAGAAAUGAGUUCGGGAAUCGAUUUUCCAGACAAAAGUCUUCAUAUUGACCAAUAUUAUCCUAAGUCGAAUGUAUGACAACAGAAAGACUACAAAGAACAAAUUUAAUUCUAAAAUCAGAUUUUUAAAAUUUCAAUCUAAAAAAAUUAAAUUCAAAAUAAUGAAUUUUUUGAAAUUUUAUAAUUUUUUUUUUCGCUGUUUUUUUUUUAUUUUAUGGUUUUUAUUUUAUUUUUAAUUUAAUUUUAAUUUUUUUAUUUCUGUGAUUUUUGAAAAAAAAUAUUAAAAUUUUUAAAAAACAUUCCGCUUGGUUUACGGAUAGCCCCUAAACGAGGCUGGACUGUAUUUAUAACCCGAAUCUAAUCCCAAGUCCCAUACAUUUUCAUAAUUUCAAUAAAAACGAACGCAAAAAUUCUAUUACACAUUUAGAUUAUAAUAUCUCUAUUCACGAUCGAGAUUUCACGUUAGUAAAAUUUCGAUCGAAUUUCUAAUUUCUGGAAUGUUAAUCGUUAUUUGUCGAUGGUACUGUCGAGAAAUCUCGAUCGUGAGUCGAGAAAAACGAUCGAAAUAUUACAAUCAAGUUCAAUAACGCUAUUUUUUGUAUUAGUUAUCUCAAUUUCGUAUUUCGUUCAUAUUGCAAAAUAAAAUCUAACACAAUAGUUUUAAACAGCAGACAGAAUCCAAUUUACAUAAAUCCCCUACACCACUUUGCCGCUUUAUUUCGGCAAAUACUCUCGGCUUGACACACCAUUUGGACGACGACGACAUUUGUCGGCAGAAGAGUUUCCGAGACCCUUACUACUACCGGUCACGCUAGCAUUUUGGGCUUACGACGCCGCCGAAAAAAGGCCGGAAACUUUGUCACGCAAAUAUUUGAUUCAACCAAACACUCACACACACACACUCACAUUCAGACCAGUGCUCAGAAAUAUCACGUUAAAUCGGGCAAAAUAUGGAAAUGUAGCGACAGCACGGUGUGGAGACAGAAAUUAAAAUAUGAAAAUAGAGACAGGCUGAUGCAGUAACUUAAACGGCUUAUUAAUAUUCAAAUGAUAUCCACGCGAGCGUCGAAGGAGAGGGUAUUGUGCAUUUCGUUAAAAGUGAAACGAAAAGUUGACGCGUGAAACACACUGUAUAAUUGUGCCAUUGUCGUUUCUUGAGACUCGAACCAAAACUGAGAGGAGCAAUUAAACAUCAGGAUGUGAUUGUGUGCCAGGCCAGUUCUUCCACGGUUUUCUUUGAUUGAAAAGAAUUUUACGUGUGUAGCGCACAGACUCGUUUUGUUUUGUUAUUUAGAUAAAAUAACACCACGCAUAUGAUAGAGAUGAAAAAGAUAGAGACAGAAAAUGAUAAGGA